GUAUGAAACAUUCUCCCUUGUCAUCAACAUUUACAACAUAGCUCGGCCUUGACGUAUUGGAUAUACAUCGAUUGUCAUGGAAUAAAAUACGGCUGUACUUUGUGAAAGAGCUGCCUGUUUUGACAGAUUGGCGGAAAACGUGUAAUGUCACAAAUUGCAAGUGGACUUUCUUCGACAUCCAAGGCAAGGACAAGUCGCGAUUUAAACCGCUAGUUGGACACUUACGUUAAGAAACCAUCGAAACUCAAAGUGCUUGACCUAGAGGCACAUAUACAGUAAUUCGCGGAUCAAUAGACUGCACCUGUUAUGGCCCGCCCCCAGAUGGAGAGUGGAGUGGACCACCGCAGCCGGGGCAGACAACACAGUUGCCGCAUGGAGGUGCACCGUCCGGACGCCUGGCCCGGCGGAAGCCUCCACCCCCACCAGGCUGGGUACCAGACCUACCAACAGUACCCCAACAUGAACAGUCAGCCCAGCCAGGAUCAUGCACCCCCCGGGAGAGAAGCCCCCCUGCCCCCAAGUGCCCCCCUGCAGGACACCCCAGGAAGAGAGAGCACAGAUCCAGAACGAGAGCGCCACGGCACCACGGACAGGGAGGCCCUGCCUGAUCUGCUGCCCCAGAGAGAGCGCUCUCCCCAGGCUUCCCCCCAGCACAGAGCCCCUAGGAGAGCGGACCUGUGGUGGGACGACGAGGUGGCGGAAAGAGUCGCCCACCAGCUGAGGAGAAUCGGUGAUGACCUGAAUGCUACCUUUGUCCAGCGAGUGGAUGAUGUUCCCCAGCGGCAGGACUGGAGAGGCCUGUGUCUAGGGGUCCUCCACUUCCUUUCGGAUACCCUCAGCACUCUGUACCGACUGAUAUAGAUGGACUGUGGUUGGUCCGGUGCUUCCCACUGGACCAAUCACAGACUGCCUCAGAAUGGACUCAAUCCGCAGGACGGACCACUUUUGUGUAUUUUGUACAUCUUGUAAAGAGUUAUUUUUUUUUCUUUUUCUCUCUCUCUAUUUGGGUGCUCUUGGUGUACAGUGGCGUUUGGCACCAGGUGGAUUUCCCUGACAGUGUGGGGUCCUCUUCUUAAGGGACUUUGAAACACAAUGUUAGCGUGUGGCAGCAAGGCAAGGGAAACUGUGAAGUACAGUGUUGGGAGGUGAGGUACGAAGGACGAUUCUGAGAGGCAACGUAAACUGUGCGUUGGCUGUGCCUGCGAGGUGAGGCCAGGGAUAUUACUUGACCAUGAGGCUAACAGCGCCCAACCUGUAUGUACACUUUCCAAUGGCGGUCCAUGUUCGGUGGAGAAAUUCAGAAGCUCUUGACAAGGUGGCAUACGUGGAAUGCCUAUGUAGAAUGGCCUGAGUAAGCAACUUCUGGUGUGGCUGGGUGAGCCAAGCUUAGUGCUGUGGUAAGUUAGAGUCCUGUGGCAUUAUGAGCCCCUAAACCUCAUGUGCACCAUACAGUCACAGUCUAGCACCAGGAUGUGUACUAACUCCACCAGGAUGUGUACUAACUCCACUAGGAUGUGUAAUAAGAGGUGGGACCCGUGGUUUCUAACAGGACCACCUUGACCUGAUGGAGAUUGCCAGUAGUUGUGCAUAGAAACUCCUGUGUAUGCAACUCUUCCCUUCAAAUCUGAAUACUUUUCAUUGUAAUUUCUGUGCCUUUCUGACUCUCCCUCCAAAAUUACACUAUCCUCAGGACAGUCAGUGGUUGUGGUGUGGGACAUGGUUGGCACCUACACACACAGACUAUAUGCUGUAUGCUCCAGUCACCAGACGAUUGGGGGCUUUAAGUUGAGAUGUUGCACUGCUGGAGGACCCCACUAUCAUUACCAGUGUUAGCAGUUGUUUGUAUAUAUUGUUUGAUUUGAGAUGAUGGCCUGGUAUGGAGGAGCCAGUGAAAAGCCAUCUUGGCCACUUCUCUGACUGAAGACCUGUUGUCAAUGGAUGGGAUUUAAACAAACUUUAAAAGUACUUAAAUGUAAGUUCUCUGUGUUUAAGAUCUGCCACGUGUGCAGUUUUCUCUCUCUUUGGACCAACAAAUGGAAGCCCUUUAUAGUGUAUUUAAAUCCAGUGGAUUUGAGAUAUUUCUGGUUUCAACAUGAUUUAGAUAAUUAUCUUUUCAUUAUUUAGAUAAUUUGUAAUGACUAUGGCAUUAAUUGAAUUGCCCCUCAGUUGUAUGAUACAGCAAAUGUAUUGUAGCUUGUGAGAAGAAACUAAACACCCAGAAUUAUUUUUGGACAGUAAACACACUGUAGUAUUUUUUUUGGUAGUGUUCAAAAAUGUAAUUUGUUUUGAUUUUUUACUCAUGUAAAUUAAUUUAUUUUUAUUUUCUAUAUGAAUAAGAUUCUUUUUUAUGUGUUUCAAAGCCAAAACUCCACUGAAAAGGCUUGGAAGUAACUGUCAAUAGACAAUGAUAACUGGAAAAAAAUUAUUUUAUUCCCCAGGCACACAAAUGGUGAACUGUGGUUGAUAUGGUGUCGUAGUGCUGUUUCCAUAGCCAGUUUAAUUUCAAAGUAUUUUAAGAAACACUU